AUCCCGCUUGCUGUCUUGUCAUCCUUUUAAUCUUAAAAAAGGUGAUAAAAAUGGCCGAACAACUCAGUAACAACGAAACAGAAACGAAGCAACAAAAUGGUGACGGUGUUCAUAAUCAGAUUUUAGGGAGUGCAGACGUUCAAUUAAAAAGCAGUUUGUUGGUCGUGGUAGGGGAGCCAUUCAAUGUUGAGCAGAAGGAUUUGAUUCUGGAAAGAAUUGUGAUAGAACUAAGUGCCUGGGAUGUGGACCAAUCAAAAUGUGAUCUCAACCAGCAACUUAGUUCCUGCUCUGCUUUCCAAUCUUCCAAUCAAGAAGCUGAGAAAAGAUUUGAGCAUGAAAGCCCUGAGCUGCAUGCAUCUAUCCUCAUUAAUCCCAGCCUAGAAAGCACUGUUGCUACUGUAACUGACUUCCUCACCAGACCUUCUACUUACAAAUAUUUGCUUCAUUCUGGUCCAGUUCUGCAGAAUAAUGGAGCCUGGUUACUUCAGGAUGGAGCAUUCACAUUUCAUCAUUUCCAGGAAAUUGUUAAAAAGUUGGAUUUGCAAGGAGGAGAGGGUUCUGUUGUGGGGGAUGUCAGUUUGGUGGAGAAGUUUGCUGACUGGAAUGAUGCUUUGCUGUCUAAGUUGGCUCCAAAGUUGAAGCUCCGCCUUUCGAGACCAGCCACGUCACUAAAAGAUGAAACAGGAUUGAUCAAAUUCAGUGACAACAUAUCAACCUACUUGAAACCAUUCUCAGUGGCUGACAGGAUGAAGCCAGGUGAUUCGAUUGGCUCGCUUAAUUUCGAGCAGCCUACUUGCUACAUCUUCCCCGCUGGACAAGGUACAUCUCUGGUUUUUGGGAUUGAGGGAUUCACCAUGCUUAUUGAUGGAGGAUAUAAGAGGAGUUGCACAUUUUGGGAGUUUGUGAGGCAUCUCAACAGGAUCGACUGCAUGAUGAUUUCACGACUCACCUACGACAACAUCUUUGGACUUUUGUCAUUUUUUGAGAAGAAAUCGACAGAAAAGGGUGGUCCAGAUGUUGGAGUUGUCAUGUUGAAUGUUGGAGACACUCGCCAUAAGACGCCCAACCCCGUUGCUAAUAACAACAAUGGAGCAAGUGGCCACACUACUUCUGGAUUGAUUGUGAGCAUUGCUGAGGAAGGAAGAUUAUUGGCUGAACAUAUGUCAAUCACUCACCUGGCUCCUCCCCAGCCAGUUAUAGGGUCAACAGUUCAUCCAAUCAGCUUGUACUACAAAGUAGGUCAUGGAUCAUUAGAUAUGUAUGUCAUCAGUCCUACCUAUGACAGCAAAGAACUGAAAGAUUACCUCAAUCAAUGGUCCAAGGUGGUGGACAGUUAUAAGGGAGGAAUUCCAUUGGUUGAUCACCUGUCAGUCAGUUUUGCAUUGCUAU